AUGGCUGAAGACUGGCGUAAAGGCGUCAGCUUCUCCGAACGCCUGAGCCAGACAUCCAAGAUAGCUGCUGCGUAUAAGAGUGCAAACGCAGGCUGUCCAUCGCCUGAAGCCUCCAGCUAUGCAAAGUCCUCCGAAGAUACCGCCCGCAAGGAUGCUCUAUCACUGAAAGAAUACCACGAACUAUGUGCGAAGACGGUCCAACUGCUUCUCUCCCAAGCCGAGUCAAGAAGCCCACCGCCAGCAGAAGACCAGCAUAUAGACGAACACGUUUUCCCAAAUCUCCCCAACACCGGGGCUCGCAUCGGCAAGUACACCAACGCGGAGCAUUUCAGAGAUGGUCUAUUCUCAGAGAUCUUCCGCGCCGCAGACCCGGACUCUACAUCCGAUAACGGCAAAUCCAAGGUCGUGGCGUUAAAGAUCACGACUCCAGACAUGGAGCAACCGCCUCACAACUCGAAGAGAGAGGCACGAAUUCUCCAAGCAGCGAAGGGCGAGCACAUCGUUCCACUAAUUGAGACAUUCCAACAAGCCGGUGGUCAUCUCGUCUUGGCAUUCCCCUACUUCCCCUACGACCUGAACAGACUUCUCCACGAGCAAAAGCUCACGCCUUCCUCCUGCCGCUCCAUCCUCCGUGAUAUCUUCUCAGGCCUCGCACACUUACACACUCUGGGACUCAUCCACCGAGACAUCAAACCCUCCAACAUCCUCCUCUCCUCAAUCUCAGGACCAGCAUGCCUCGCCGACUUCGGCAUCGCCUGGUCCCCCACAGACCCUUCAUCCGAGCCCGCCGACGAGAAGAUCCUCGAUGUAGGAACUACAUCCUAUAGACCCCCUGAACUCCUCUUCGGAAAGCAGUCAUACGGCGCGAAACUAGAUAUGUGGGCCGCAGGCUGCGUAGCCGCGCAAGUCGUCUGUCUAAACGGCGAAACACUCUUCGACGCAGGCGAUCUGGGCAGCGAGUUGGCUUUGAUCAAGAGUCUAUUCCAAACGUUGGGUACGCCUGAUCUGGAAGUGUGGCCUGAAGCUGAGCAUUUACCGGAUUGGGGCAAAAUGAACUUCACGAAGUAUCCUGCCAAGACGUGGGAGGAGAUUCUGCCAGAUGCAGAUGAGAGCGCGAGGGAGUUGGUGGGAGCUCUCGUAGUCUAUGAGAGCGCAUGGCGACUGAGCGCGGAGGAUGUUUUAAAACAUCCGUUUAUUCAGUAA